AGAAAGAAAACUUUAGUAUCAAAAUCCUGAUCAAGAAUAAAAAUAAGGACCCGAUUGUUUGUUUGCUGUCAAAAUACUCCACUGUACCGAAAUUUAAUUUGAUUUAAAGACAUUUCCCGAGGACAUUUUCCACAAAACCCAAUCCCACCCCCAAAUCGAUCCCAGCUGCGAUGGAAAUUCCAGCCUCGGAACUCAACAACACAGACAAGAUACAAUCGCCGAAUCCGAUCGAUAGCGCAACAAACAAACAUAUCUUCAUCUUAUCCGGGCAGAGCAACAUGGCAGGCCGUGGCGGAGUAUCCAAUCACCACCCACGUCACUGGGACGGCGUCGUUCCACCGGAGUGUCACCCUAACCCUUCCAUACUCCGCCUGACCGCCAAGCUCCACUGGGCAACCGCCCACGCGCCCCUUCAUUCCGAUAUCGACAGCAAAAAGACCUGCGGGGUUGGCCCGGGGAUGUCUUUCGCCAACGCGGUGAGGGAGCGCGUGGGGCUGGUGGGUUUGGUGCCGUGCGCGGUAGGUGGUACAGCGAUCAAGGAGUGGGCGCGUGGGGAGCACCUGUACGAGAACAUGGUGAAGAGGGCAAGAGAGAGCGUGAAAGAUGGAGGAGAGAUCAAGGCCUUGCUUUGGUACCAAGGAGAGAGCGACACGUCGACUCAGCAUGAUGCAGAGGCUUACAAGGCGAACAUGGAGAGGCUGAUUCACAAUGUGCGUGAGGAUCUUGGUCUGCCUUCGCUUCCGAUUAUCCAGGUUGCGAUUGCAUCGGGAGAUGCGAAGUUUAUGGACAGAGUGAGGGAAGCGCAAUUGGGUAUGCAAGUCCACAAUGUAGUGUGCGUGGACGCGAAGGGAUUGCAACUGAAUGAUGAUCAUCUCCAUCUAACCACACAUGCUCAGGUUCAGUUGGGCCAUAUGCUGGCUCACGCCUAUCUCUCACAUUUUGAACCUCCAAAACCUUCUCCACUUUCUUCGGCUUAAAAAAGUUAUAACCCGAUGCAAAUAUUCCAUCCUCCAUCGUCAUUGUUCAUCCUGAUUGAUUCAGAGGAUUGAGGAUUUGAGUUAUUCAAAAUAGAUUCUGAAGCCAUAUAAAUAAUUGACAUUUUCUUAAUCCUUUUUGAGUUUUGAUUGUUUUAAAUUAGCAACUUAUUCAACAAUCAAAACAAAUUUUAUUUUUUGUUUUGUUUUUAUAGCCAAGAAAAGGAGAAAAAAAAAAAAGGGUUUAGCCUUUGUAUUUAGUUGGUGGAAAUCAUGGUUUGAAUUUUACUAAGCGUAGCUUUGGUACAAACUGCUUUAUGGUCUGGCAUCAGCACUUUGUCACAAAAUAAAUUUUGAAAUCAUAAAUACUAUGUUUACUUAAUAAUUUAUAGGAAUAUUUAAUUUGUUUAAUAAA